UUCAGGAAAUGUGGAUUUCGCUAGGAACCUAACUUGCAUAGGUAUAAGAAAUGGAGUCAAGAUAUAAUAAUUCAGAAACAGUUUAAUUUUUUUUUUUUAAAUGAAAAUGUGGGCCAUCAAGUGCGAAUCGCUGCUAUGCGUUUUUUUAUUGCUUCUAACGCAAUUCGCGGCAGAGCAGUUUAACGAUCAGGAGUCACCGCAUAGAGAUGUGAGUGAAAACGAAGGCAGGGGUCGGGAACGCACAGGAGGCGACGCGCGAGCGCAGCCCGGGACCGACGUGAGGCUCGCGGACGGUCACCCGGACGACACGAGCAGCCGGCUGAAUGAUACAGAGUUUCCCAGCAAUGAUUCGCACCAUGCCACCACUGUGGUUGCCAAGGCAACAACCCCUGCUCCUCCAACCCCAAAGCCCAUCCUGCCAGUGCAGACAGGGGUCAAAGCCCAGGAGGAAGAGCAGUCCAGUGGAAUGACAAUAUUCUUCAGCUUGCUGGUUAUUGGUAUCUGCAUCAUAUUGGUGCACCUGCUUAUUAAGUUUAAGUUGCAUUUCUUGCCUGAGAGUGUUGCGGUUGUCUCAUUGGGCAUUCUAAUGGGAGGUUUUAUAAAGAUCAUAGAGUCUCAGGAGCUAGCAAAUUGGAAGGAAGAGGAGAUGUUCCGGCCAAAUAUGUUCUUCCUUCUCCUGUUACCGCCGAUCAUUUUUGAGUCCGGGUAUUCUUUACACAAGGGAAACUUCUUCCAGAAUAUUGGCUCAAUAACCCUGUUUGCUGUGAUUGGGACGGCCAUUUCCGCCUUUAUCGUUGGAGGGGGCAUCUAUUUCCUGGGCCAGGCUGAUGUGAUUUACAAGAUGACCAUGACAGACAGUUUUGCCUUUGGCUCCCUCAUCUCCGCUGUGGAUCCAGUGGCCACCAUAGCCAUCUUCAAUGCCCUGAAUGUCGACCCCGUGUUGAACAUGCUGGUGUUCGGGGAGAGCAUCCUCAAUGACGCAGUCUCCAUCGUGCUCACCAACACGGCCGAGGGCUUUGCUCGAUCAGACAACUCCACGGUAACAGGCUGGGAGACCUUCUUGCAGGCUCUUGGAUACUUCCUCAAGAUGUUCUUUGGCUCUGCAGCCCUGGGCACCCUCACAGGCCUCAUAUCUGCUAUUUGCCUGAAACACUUUGAUCUGAGAAAGACGCCCUCCCUGGAAUUUGGGAUGAUGAUCAUCUUUGCUUACCUGCCAUACGGACUGGCAGAGGGGAUCAAACUGUCUGGCAUCAUGGCCAUCCUGUUCUCAGGGAUCGUGAUGUCACACUAUACCCACCACAACUUGUCGCCUGUCACUCAGGUCCUGAUGCAGCAGACUCUGCGGACUGUGGCCUUCAUGUGUGAAACAUGUGUGUUUGCCUUCCUGGGCCUCUCCAUUUUCAGCUUCCCCCACAAAUUUGAGUUUUCCUUCGUCAUCUGGUGCAUUGUCCUGGUACUCCUGGGUCGCGCUGUGAACAUUUUCCCUCUCUCCUUCCUUCUCAACUUCUUCCGGGAUCAUAAGAUAACUCCCAAGAUGAUGUUCAUCAUGUGGUUCAGUGGCCUCCGUGGAGCCAUUCCCUAUGCCUUGAGUCUCCACCUGGGACUGGAGCCCAUGGAGAAGCGUCAGCUCAUCGGCACCACCACCAUUGUCAUUGUGCUCUUCACCAUCCUCCUGCUGGGCGGAGGCACCAUGCCCCUCAUCCGGUUGAUGGACAUUGAGGAGAGCCAGUCACGUCGCAAGAGCCGCAAAGACAUCAACUUGAGCAAGACAGAGAAGAUGGGUAACGCUGUUGAGUCUGAACACCUGUCGGAGCUCACGGAGGAGGAGUAUGAGGCUCAGAUCUACCAGCGACAGGACCUGAAGGGCUUCAUGUGGCUGGAUGCCAAAUACCUCAAUCCCUUCUUCACCCGCAGACUCACCCAGGAGGACCUGCUGCACGGCCGCAUUCAGAUGAAGACGCUGACCAACAAGUGGUAUGCAGAGGUGCGGCAAGGUCCAUCCGGCUCUGAGGAUGAUGACGAGGCCGAGCUGAUGUGAGCGACUCAUCUGGUUCAGAGUGAGGUCAAUACAAAUUGGUUGAACUUGAGGCCUUGACUCCCUUCAGCACCCCAUUCACUGGAAUCAACUACUUUACUUGACAAAAUGGAAUGAAUUCGAAAAUCUGAACAGAUUUUCAUUCCAGAUGAAGUUGACACUGGAAUGACUCACACUGAAUGAGUCAAAAAGAUGGUUUGUAAGUAGUAAAAAGAAGGGAAAUCUUUUAAAAUUAAUCUUUUCCAAAAAAGCAAUAUUAAUGCACUAAUGUUCUUAAUUUAAAAAGUUUUACUUCAGAUGUCACUGUAAUACAGAUAAGGUACAAAUAAAUGUUUGUCAAUGGCAUUGAUUUCCAUCUAUACUUUUGUAUUUUUCCUGUAUUUAUUUGGAUAUUUAUUUGAGAGAAUUUUUAUAAAUAGUGACAUCUUUUCACAGAUUAAUUAUUUCAAAAUAGUUUGUAUAUCACUGUCACAAGGAGUUAAAUGUACCACGAUAAAAUCUCUUAUUUGUAGAGAACUUUCCUGGGAUGAAGGAUUAUAUUUUGUAGCUAAGAAAUAAAUUGUUAUUUUAUCAUGCCA